AUGUUGUUUGAAAUAUUUGCCUUCUAUUUAUAUUUUAUUAGGGUACCGAUCUUGGCUGCUCCACCUCCAACUACUAGAAGUGAUGACCCUCGCCUCAAAUCCGAGCUUGACAAAAUCAAUGAAUGCUUUGGUCACGGAGAAUUUGAUGUAAAGUGGAAUGUUUAUGUUUUAAAAUUGGCUUUAGCCCUGAAGUUUUGCUGCGAUUGCGGGGAACCUUUGAAGGAUGUGAUUGGAGCUAAGUGGCCGACUGGAGUAGGAGAUCUUUACUUAGCUGUUACCGUUAAUGAAGGCAUAUUUCACACACUCGCGAUAGAAGAAGGACGAUCGGAGAGAGAACAAGCAAUACGAAGCAAAAUCUAUACGGUGAGAAGUCAGUUCCACAUUUUGACGGAAAUAGCUUUUGCAUUUACGGGGUUUUUGUAG